CCCCCUCCACACUGGCAGCUGCUGAGCCGCUCUUUCUGUUUACCGUCUUGCCGCGGCCUAGGCUCUCUCAGUGAGGACUGAGUAUUGGAGUCUGCCUGACUGACAGAGGCCUUACCGCUAAAGGGCGAUGAAGAAAGGAGGGGAAUGAAGCAGCGGUUCCGGCACACCGAUCUGACCAGCCGAGGCGGCUGUUAGUUUGGUUGCUCUUCAGACGAAGAGAUUUAGGGGUUAAUUCUGGUCCAAUUUGUACCGCUCUUUUUCACCUAGAAAUAGGACCAGCUUCUUGAGGAGAGCACUGAGGAAUAAAAAGCCCAUGUAGAUUCUGAUCAUUUAAGUUGAGAGUCUUCAGCAGAGGAAUUCCUGACUCAACAUGAACGAGGAGACCUUGAGAAGUGCUCUGGUAUUUUUCCAGAGUGACAGGCCUUCUUCCUAUGAAGAGUUUCACAAAGGCCGGAAACUAGAUUACCUCCGGAAAGGUGAUCUGACUUACUCUGAGUUUUUCAGGGAUUUUCUGCUCCCUAAUUACCCGUGUAUUCUAUCUCCUGAGUUCACGGAGAGCUGGAGAAGCCGGCAGCGCUGGGUGAGAGGGGAUGGCAAGCCUGACUUUGAACACUUGCUGAAAAAUUUUGGAGAUUUUACUGUCCCUGUGGCCAACUGUGAUGUGAAGGAAUACAAUGCAAACCCAAAGCACAAUAUCCCUUUAAGGGACUACCUCAGUUACUGGAGCGAGCACAGAGAGAGUGGCUAUUCAUCUCCAAAGGGCUGUUUGUAUAUGAAAGACUGGCAUAUGCACAGGGUUUUCCCCAAUCAUGGAGUUUACAGUACUCCUCUCUUCUUCCAGUCUGACUGGCUGAAUGAAUACUGGGACACAGUCGAAUUGGACGAUUAUCGCUUUGUUUACAUGGGUCCCAAAGGAUCAUGGACACCAUUUCAUGCUGAUGUUUUCCGAUCGUACAGCUGGUCAGCCAAUGUCUGCGGACGGAAGAAGUGGCUGCUGUUCCCACCUGGUCAGGAGGAACAUUUGAAAGACCGCAGUGGUAACCUUGUUUAUGACGCCCAGUCUCCGAACCUGCAAGAUAGGAAUCAUUACCCAAAUUACAGCCAGUGCUGUCAACCUAUUGAGGUGGUGCAGGAAGUUGGAGAGGUCAUCUUUGUCCCCAGCAGUUGGCACCAUCAAGUAUACAAUCUGGAAGACACCAUCUCCAUCAAUCACAACUGGCUGAAUGGCUGCAACAUAGACAUUAUGUGGCAGUUCCUACAGGGGGAACUGACGGCAGUCCAGGAGGAGAUUGGGGAGUGGAAGAACUGUAUGGAGGGCUGGCAUCAACAUUGUCAGCUCCUCUUGAAAUCGUGCACUGGAAUCAACUACUGUGAAUUCUACACCUUCCUGAAAAUAAUCGCAAAAAAUAGGAUAGCAGCACUUGAGACUACUUCAGGAGAUUCAUCAGCCCUCCACAGUACAUUUCCUGCAGAACUGUCCGCUCUCAGGCCGUGUCACUCAAUGUUUGAUUUACACCGGACUAAAGCUGUACUGACUUUAAUGCUCACCAAUGAGGACUUCAGGAGGCUAGAUGCAGAUUUAUUGAAUCCUCAUCCAGAGGACCUGCUGCAUGAGAUUAAAGAAAUGACAGAUUCUGCUUUGUCUUAAUAUUCUACUUCCUGUUAUUUCUUGUAAACCAAGUUAAAUGGCAACUCUUGUUUCUUCUGUUCAAGGAAUCAGAAAAUUCCAAAAUGCAACCAAAGGUCACACUUAUUGCUUAGCCUAUUGCAAGCUGCAUAAGGAUCAAGCGUGAAAGCAUAAUGGCUACGAUAGUGCAGCAAUUGUCAUUAAAGUAUUAAUUCAAACAAAGAGUUCAAAUUCCAUGACGGUUUCAAAAGUUUGUACUAGUAAAAGUGACCAUGAAGAUCUUGGAUCAUCAGAAAAGCAGGACUGGAAGACUUCCUCUGGGAAAGGAAACCUUCUGACUUUGUCCAGUCUAGCCUACAUGACUCCUAAAUCACUAUAGUAUCAUAGAAGCACAUUUACAACAUGAGGUGUGACAAUUAAAUGGAAAAACAGGGUCAAGACUUGCUGCUGCAGCACUUCAACAGUUGAAUGGCCUGCCAAUUCUACUUGUCCUGAAAAGAUGUUUAAAACUUUAUUUCAAACAAAAGUUUUAAAUCAUAAAAGAUUCAU